GACGCCAAGACAUACUAUUUAGAGGGCAUAGAGAUAGAAGACGACUUUUUUCUAAUGACAUCACGAAUGACGAGAAUGACCUUAAUAAUGAAGGGGAUUUUAGAGAACUAAUACGGUUUAGAGUCGAGAGCGGCGACAAUUUAUUGAAAAAAAAACUUAGAGAACUCAAAAGCGCAUGCU